UUUAAGACAUGUGAUACUUUACAGAGGAGGGAUGUAUUGAAACAGACUACUGCUACUUACAGCACCAGCACCGUAUAGCAGCCCUGCUCCUACAUUUUGCUGCCUUACUCUGCCCCGACUGCACAGGACUGGGGAUGGUCCGUCAUUAACUGUAAACUGAUUCUCAUCAGGAUCACUUCAAAGGUCUCAUCAGACAGAGGUGACGCCAGGAGAUGAUUUAAAGGUGAAAAUGACAAGGUUUCUACCCCUCAAACCUUGGCUCCUUUUCUGACAAUACAGUCUGAAUGAACCCGAUGUCUUCUUUACUGUGGAAAUAGCAUUGGAAGAGAAAAAUAUAUUUUUAAUCCUGAUAAAGAAGAUUAUUGGGAAGAUCUUUAAAAAAAAAAAAAGCCUCCAAUUGUGCACAGAUGGAUUUUAGAAAGUGUUAGAGCUUUCCAAUGAACACUAAUAGAGUACUCUGCUCUUGGCUGGAUUUUUCAGAGAAUGGCAAUGGUCUCUGCGAUGUCCUGGGUCCUGUAUUUGUGGAUAAGUGCUUGUGCCCUGCUCCUCUGCCAUGGAUCCCUUCAGCACACUUUCCAGCAGCACCACCUGCACAGACCAGAAGGAGGGACAUGUGAAGUGAUCGCCGCGCACAGAUGUUGUAAUAAGAAUCGCAUUGAGGAGCGGUCACAAACAGUCAAGUGUUCCUGUCUACCUGGAAAAGUGGCUGGCACGACAAGAAACAGACCUUCCUGUGUCGAUGCUUCCAUAGUGAUUGGCAAAUGGUGGUGUGAGAUGGAGCCUUGUCUAGAAGGAGAAGAGUGUAAGACAUUACCUGAUAAUUCCGGAUGGAUGUGCGCUACAGGCAAUAAAAUUAAGACCACAAGAAUUCACCCAAGAACCUAAUGGAAGCAUUUGUUAUAGAAGCAAAGGAAAACCACCUCUGCGGAAAACACAUUUUAAGAAUUUAAAACAUCUUACACGUUACAAGCCAAAUGGAUUUCUUAUUUGCACUUUGACUGGUUACCAGAUAAUCACAGUGCUUUUACUGUGUGUCACGAAGUAUUCUAUAGUGAGAAGACCCCACACUUUUGGCAACACCAUGGGAAGUGGGUUUUAAAAAAAAAAAGGGUUUUCUCAAUGAAAAUUUUUGGGAUUACGAAGAACGAUCAACUAUCUUCUAAUUUGGAUCUAUAGUUCCUUUGUACCAUUUUAAAUAUAUGUAUAUAUAUAAUAUUUUGAAAUAUUAUAUAUUCUCUUCAAGAAAUGAACAAUACCACAGUUUGAGACGGCUGGUGUACCUCUUUGAGUUUGGAUAUUUUGUUUUGUCGCAAUUUCUUUUUUUAUUGGCAAGGAAGAAGACAUGUGCCCUUUUGAAAUUUCAGCAUGGUACUCACAGUGGAAGGCCAGCUACAGGUGGACUCCUGGAAUCUGAGGCAUCAUAACAAUACUGAAUCGAGAGCUUCCUUUUGUUUCUACCAGAUGGCCCAAGGAAGCACAUUGUCCUGUUUUAUUGCUUUCUACCCUGUGCAAUAUUAGCAUGCAAGCUUGGCUUACAUAACCAUACUUUAUAUUCAAUUGAUAUAUAAUAACCAUUCUAACCUCUUCCAGGAAAGUAUUUUUAGAACUACUAGCUUUUCCACAGAUAAGACAAUGAGGAUUCUUGAGGGAGCAACUCCACCAUGCUAUUAAGACUCUGGCAAAAUUAUGGUAGAUUAUGGAUCCCUGUAUUAAUAAGUUCUGUAAAUACGAUGUCUUAAGGCUUUGUAUAGCUGUCCUAGACUGCAGAAAUGUCCUCCGAUUAAAUCCAAAGUCUGGCAUCAUUAAGUACAUAGUGCUGUAGCAACAAGUCUUAUCAUGGCACCUCUUUCUAUGUUUGAUUUGCUUUUUCCAAGAGGAUUCAGAUCUCUUCUGGUGAGACAGGAAGACCAUUAAAGCAAUUAAAUUUCAGAAUGAUCUAUGUGACCAAAUACUGGGCAGCCCUAUUAAAGUGGUAAAUAACUUCUUUCUAAAC